AUGCAAGCUUUGGGGCUUGUUGGUUUUUGUUUGAGCACAGGCACUGGAGCAGUUGCAAAAGGAGUUUCCGGAGGCGGAAAGUGUUGUCUCUCGGGAGGAGGCCGCAGCGCGAGUCGCUCGCCUUCGUUGUCUGCUGCAGCACAAGAAGAAUCUACGAAGACUGCGUGCGAACUGCCCCAAGGACAGAGACGAGGUGAGCUCGGUAAAGAAGAGAUCCUGAAGCAAGAAACGCGAGAAGAAAUAGAGGAUGAGGAAAAGAGGGAGGAUGACGAAAAGAGGGAAAGCUUAGACGUCUCCGAUAUACAGCCAGGAAGAGGGGAAGUUGCGAGUUCUGCCUUCGAGGAGAAACGACUCGAGCAGGCAGACGUCGAGCCGCCCUCCGGAGAAAGCGAAGAGGAGGUUUUGACGCCACGCAGUGUGGCAAACGCGGCCUUUUCAGCAGCAACGGGGGAAGAAUCGGGAGUUGCAGAAUCGGAUAUUGCGGCUGCUGCAGACUGCGGGGAGUGCCUUUCUGAAAGCACACCGCAUUCGCUUGCUGCUGCGGAGUUGGCAGCAGCCUCUGCCUCUGGAGAAGAAGCGGGGAAUGCUGGAAAAUCCUCAAGAAGCCUUUCUCCAAGGGGAGACGCGAACGCAGUCGCUGCAGAAGCGGGGGUAGUAGCAAGCAUGCAUCGAGGAGAGCAGAUGUCUCAAGGAUGUGGGGAGGAGCAUGCAGCUGCAGACUCAGGACCGCUGUCGGAGCCGUUGUUGCAGCAGAGGGCAAAGCAGAUGUUGGCAGCAGAUGAUGAAGGCGAAGCAGAAACAAGUACAGAAGAGACGGCCACAGGCAUUGUGGGGAAACUGCGGAGGCUGCACAUUCCCCAAGAUGACGCUGGUGUUUAUGGUGGUGGUGAUGGGGCCUCCGCGUCUCAGAGCGCCGAAAGCACAGGCACUGUAGACGUGGAGAGCGCUGGGGAUGCCGCUAGAGACGCUCCCACGGUAUUCGCUGCAGCUUCCAGAGUUGCGUCUACGCCAUGGCGUUUAGCGGAGUCUUAUUGUACCGGCAUCUAG